UGGCGUUAAAGCGGCACAUAUAAGUCGAUCUCGAGGGAAUUAGGGCUUAUUCCGAUUGGGCAAUUGGGGCGAUAAUACUGGAGAGCUCGACGAUCGAUUCGCCUCCCCGUCCCUUUCGCCCUUCCUGCCUCCGGCGACUGUACCGGCCGUGUCUCCGCCGCUACAGGUCAAUUGAGAUCCUUUUGAGCAAAAGGUGUGGAACUUGUUAACGCAUUUCCUUCUUGUUAUCUACUACUUAAGAGUAAACUAUUAGUCAAGGUGACAAUGUUGGGUGCAACACCUAUUUUGCCCCUUCCUGCCCCACCUUCUGAUGGAAAUCUUGGUCCUCUUCCUCCAUCUCAAUUGCCGGAGGAGCAGGAGGAGGAUAAAACAGAAAAUGAGGACAAGAGUAAAGCUACGCCUGCUUCAGUUGCUACCCACACAAGGACAAUCGGAAUUAUACAUCCUCCUCCAGACAUCAAGAACAUUGUCGACAAAACAGCUCAAUUUGUUGCAAAGAAUGGACCUGAAUUUGAGAGAAGGAUUAUCGCAAACAAUGCUGGCAAUGCAAAGUUCAAUUUUUUGAACUCCUCUGACCCUUACCAUGCAUAUUACCAGCAUAGAUUAUCUGAAUUUCGGGCCCAGACUCAGGCUUCAGCACAGCAGACACCUCAGCCUGCAGAUUCUGCUGUAUCUGAGUCAGUUCCAGCUGCCCCUGUAGUGCAGGCUACAGCAGAGUCGAUUCAAUCAGACAUCUUAGCCCAGUUGAAACCUGUACGUAAAGUUCUUGAGCCUCCAGAGACAGAACAAUACACUGUCCGGCUUCCUGAGGGUAUUACUGGGGAAGAACUCGACAUUAUAAAGCUCACAGCGCAGUUUGUGGCUAGAAAUGGGAAGUCAUUCUUAACCGGGUUGACUAGCAGGGAAAUAAACAAUCCUCAGUUUCAUUUUCUCAAGCCUACUCAUAGUAUGUUUAUGUUCUUCACUGCACUGGCUGAUGCCUAUUCAAAGGUGCUGAUGCCUCCAAAGGGGUUGACAGAUAAGCUUCAGAAGAGUGUUGCGGAUAUGACAACUGUGCUGGAAAGGUGUUUGCAUCGGCUAGAAUGGGAACGAUCUCAAGAGCAGGCAAGGCAAAGGGCAGAAGAUGAGAUUGAGCAAGAGAGGAUGCAAAUGGCUAUGAUAGAUUGGCAUGAUUUUGUUGUGGUCGAGACCAUAGAUUUUGCAGAUGAUGAAGAUGAAGACCUUCCACCUCCAAUGACUAUUGAAGAGGUUAUACGGAGAAGUAAGAUGUCUAAUCUGGAAGAGGAAGAGAUGGUUGAGCCUGGAAGGGAGGUGGAAAUGGAAAUGGAUGAGGAGGAGGUACAACUUGUUGAAGAGGGUAUGAGGGCAGCUAGCAUUGAAGAAAAUGAUGAUGAGAGGAAGAUUGUGGCCAGGGACAAUGAGGAGGAACCACCUAUGAGAAUAGUAAAGAAUUGGAAGAGACCAGAAGAGAGAAUACCUGCUGAGAGAGACCCAACCAAAUUUGUUGUUUCCCCUAUUACUGGUGAACUGAUCCUGAUUAAUGAAAUGUCGGAACACAUGAGAAUUUCUCUAAUUGAUCCAAAGUACAAGGAACAGAAAGAGAGAAUGUUCGCCAAGAUUAGGGAGACUACUCUUGCUCAGGAUGAUGAAAUAUCUAGGAAUAUCGUUGGACUUGCAAGGACUCGUCCGGACAUUUUUGGUACGACUGAGGAAGAAGUUUCUAAUGCAGUGAAGGCUGAAAUUGAAAAGAAGAAAGAUGAGCAACCAAAGCAGGUUAUAUGGGAUGGUCAUACUGGCAGCAUUGGACGCACUGCAAAUCAAGCUUUGUCUCAGAAUGCUAACAUGGACGAACAGAAUGAUGCUGGAAAUGAUGCAAGGACUCUUCCUGGUCCUGCUGCUCCUCCACCAAGGCCUAUGCUUCCAUCUAUUCGCCCUCUCCCUCCUCCUCCGGGACUUGCCUUGAAUCUUCCUCGUGUCCCUCCAAACCCAGUCCAAUAUACUGCGCAAACUAGCGGUGCAUUUCCGGUGCCUCCUCCCAGGCCUCCAGGUAUGCCAAUGGUAUCUCCAGUUCGUCCACCACCACCUCCAAUGCCCAUGACUUCUGGACAGCAGCCCAUGAUGGUUAAUGGGCCACCUAUGCCACAUCAUUUAUCUAUGAAUCCAUCUGGACUUCCUGCACCACCUCCUCCUGGAUCUCAAUUUACACCCAUGCCGGUUCCGCGACCUUUUGUCCCCAUGCCUGUUCCCCCAACUGGUUUGCCCAUGAUGCCGCCGCCACCACCGCCUCCUUCGUCACAGGGAAUUGCUCCACCCCCACCUCCUGAGGAGGCACCUCCACCUCUUCCAGAAGAGCCAGAGCCAAAGAGGCAGAAGCUUGAUGACACUGCCCUUAUUCCGGAGGAUCAGUUUCUGGCCCAAAAUCCAGGCCCUGCUCGUAUUAAUGUAUCUGUGCCCAAUCUCGACGAAGGAAAUCUUAAAGGCCAGGUGUUGGAAAUUGCGGUGCAGUCCUUAUCCGAAACUGUGGGCAGUCUGAAGGAAAAGAUUGCUGGGGAGAUACAAUUACCAGCAAAUAAACAGAAAUUGAGUGGAAAACCUGGUUUCCUCAAGGAUAAUAUUUCUCUUGCGCAUUACAACAUCAAAGAUGGGGAAACCCUUGCACUUUCUCUGAGGGAACGUGGUGGCAGAAAGCGAUGAAAAGAUCCCUGGUGCCACCAGGACGUUAAAAGGUUCUCCCUGGAACUUCUUCUAGCCAUGAAUAUAACCCAUGUGUUUUUGCGGGACUCCACUUAGUACCAGAUGAUAAUGUUCUGGUUGAAGUUGAAUUGGCAAUGUACUAGCAGUGUUAAAUUCUGUCUUUUUCCCCAAUCUUUAGACUGAUACUGUGGUAUUUACUACAGAUGUGGCACCUUGGAAUUUCUGUUCAAGGGCAUUGGGAAGUAUUCUUAUUUAGGCUGUAGGAGUUAUCUGAUAGUACUACUAAUCUGCUCAUUUUGGACUUGCAGCUCACUGGAAGUUUGUGGCCAUUUUGAGAUGCUGGUUUUGAUUUUCAUUAGAUGGAUCCUGGAGUGAGAUCCUCCUGUACCUUUUGGAACUUUUGUUUGGGCUAGUUAAGAUCUUUGCAAGAAAUGUCUUAUAUUUUUAACGAGUCAGUUAUUGCUUUUUCGGGGAAAGUCAUGAUGGAAGUCUUUCUCUAGAUGUACCUUUUUUUUUCAUAGGAUCCAUUCUUGUGACAUGGAUGGAUUUACAGUGUCUAAUUUGGUUCCUGCAGAACAUGUGGAGAUGAACAGUCCUUGUGUUCCGGGGAUGCUGUGUUUCACUUCAUCACCUCUGGCGCAAUUUAUUAUGGUCUAGCAAUAGCAAGCAGUUGUAGGGCGGCUGUCCUCUGAUGAUAUCUUUUCUAUUUAGCACAACAUCCGUAUCUCUGUCUCGAUCUCUCGAACAGGAUAUUUCGGCAUGUUUUGCGAAAAUUACUGAUUCUCUUGUAUA